AUGUCUCUCGCCACGCGAGCUCGUUUCAACUGCAUCGAACAGGCGUGGGCAUACAUUGAUCGGAUCCUGGAUGGGCCGGACGGUCUUAAAGUUUUGCUGUGCGAUGAUGCAACCCGCAAUAUUUUGUCUGUAGUGUAUUCGCAACAUCAACUUCUUCAGCACAAUGUGGUGCUUGUGGACAUGCUAAGUAAUCGGGAGCAUUACCCGAUGAAGCACCUUCAUUGUAUCAUCUUUUGCCGACCAUCACCGUCCUCGUUGGCCUGCGUCUAUCAAGAGCUGGCGGAGGGUAACUUUGCCUCCUAUUCACUCUGUUUUUCAUACCUUUUGGAGUCGAAUAUUGUGCAAUCUUUGGCAAAUGCCGAUCUUUUGAAUCUGACAACGGCUGUUAAUGAGAUUUAUUUAGACACUGUGCCGCUCACAGAGUACGUGAAUAUUGCGCAGCUAAAGCCCACAGCGCUUCGCUCGGCUGUUGCUCCCACUGUGAACCCCAUCACAUAUUCACAAUGGAGUACCACGUCAUUUGAUCGCAUGACGGAGGCUAUUGUAGGUCUAUUGCUCAUGACAAAUCGUCGUCCGGCCAUCCGUUAUCGUGGAAAGAACAAAGUCACAGAGAAGCUGGCAAAACUUGUGGCAGGAAAGAUGACAACUGUGCAUCAAAAUUUUCCUGACCUCAAGGCAAAGGACUCGGUCCUGUUGAUAUUGGACAGGAUGGACGACCCUGUUACCGCUCUCGUCAUACCAUGGACCUACGAGGCGAUGAUACAUGAAAUUAUCGGGUUUCA